UGAUGUAUGUAGGUUAGUUUAUAAUAAAUGGUGGGGGGUAGUCUAAGUAGCUUGGUUGUGAGAUGUCAUUUUAUAAACCAGUCCGGAAUAAAUGCUUGUUACGUACGCCCGUGUUUCAGUUAGCUCCGCGACACCGUUAUCCCUCAGGACUAUCGACCGCUAUAUCACAUUGGCGAACGAGGAUUAGUACCAAUAUUUACGCGUGCAGGUUAGACAUCGCAAUUAUGUCGAUUGGUAAAGUGCGGGAGUUCGACGUGAAGAACGGGGCGUGGUCGUCCUACGUGGACAGGCUCGAGAUGUACUUUACAGUGAACAGUGUGAAAAAUGAACUCAAAGUGCCUACUUUAAUUGCGGUAAUGGGGGACGAAGCUUACGAACUAUUAUCGAAUCUAGCCAGCCCUAAGAAACCAGCGGAACUAAGCUACGAGUGUGCGGUCAGAUUAUUACGUAAUCACCUCCAACCGACCCCGUCGGCACUGGCAGAGCGGUUCAGAUUUCGGCAGAGAAGGCAAGCGGCGGACGAGAAUGUGGCAAGCUACGUGGCGGAAUUAAAAAAGUUGACACGCUAUUGUAAGCUGGGGGACGGAUUAAACGAAAACCUUCGGGAUCAAUUCGUGUGCGGCUUGAGGAGUGAUCUCAUCCGGCAGAGGUUAUUUGCAGAGGAUGACACGCUCACGUUUACUAACGCGGUGAAGUUAGCCAGCUCAUUAGAAGCCGCGGAACGCGACGCAGCUGCGGUUGACGCGACAGGAGCCGCAAGCCGGGAGCUAUCGGCGGAUGUGCAUGCUCUGGCGGUCAGCAGCGGCAAGCAGCGGCGGGAGCCACGGGCGGCGGGCCGAGCCGGGCGCGGUACACAUGGAGGAGCGGGAGCGCAGCGGGCGGAGGUCGCCGGAGCGAACCUUAGCGGCAACAAGAUUGCGAGGAGUGGCAGUCGGGAUACACACAGUGGACAAUGUUAUAGCUGUGGGGGAGUGGGCCAUUAUCGGGAAGAGUGUCGAUUUAACCAAUACACCUGUAGCAAGUGCAAGCGGGUGGGGCACCUCAGGCGUGUGUGCCCGGACCAGAGGCAGGGGCGAAGAGCAGCUGUACACUAUGCCGCAGGAGAGGAGGAGCCAGAGGACGAGAAUCUGGACAGUUGCGGGGAGGAUUUUCACCACUUAUGCCUGAACGAUUAUAAGGCGGUGAGUGUGCCCGUUGUCAUAGAAGGUCAUACAAUUUAUAUGGAAGUGGAUACUGGUACGGCUGUAUCCUGUAUAAGCCGAGGAACUUAUAAUAAAUAUUUAAAACAUUUAAAGAUUGAGGCUAGCAACGUCAUUUUAAACUUUUACGAUGGUUCUAAGCUUAAGCCACUAGGUGUCAUUAGACCAACUGUGAAUUAUAAGGGUGUUCAUAAUAAUUUAGAGUUAUUUAUUAUCGAUGGAGGGACGACCUCACUGUUAGGACGGCAGUGGUUAUCAGAAUUAAAAAUAAAGUUACCAAUGUUUACAAAUUGUAAUAAUAUGAUAGGUGCAGAUAAGAGCCAUAUACAAAUGGAUCAUGAGUUGAAAAAAUUGUUCAACAGAUAUAAGGAAUUAUUCAGCGGAGGUUUGGGCACAUACACGGGGGGCAAGGCGACUCUGAGGGUUCGGGAGAGCGCGGUACCGGUGUUCCACCGCGCGCGGCCGCUGCCGUACGCGCUGCGCGACCGCGUCGACGCGCAGCUCGAUCAGAUGCUGCGCGACGGCGUCAUCGAGCCCGUCGACUGCUCCGAGUGGGCCUCACCUCUCGUACCGGUAAGCAAGGCUGAUGGUUCCUUGAGAAUUUGUGCUGACUACAAAGCUACAGUCAACCCGGCGCUUGUGGUAGACCGCUAUCCGUUGCCAAAAGUAGACGAUUUGCUGGUAAGGUUAAGUGGGUCACAGUUUUUCUCAAAAAUUGAUUUAUCUCAGGCCUAUAAUCAGGUUUUGUUAGACGAAACGAAAAAUCUCACCGUUGUGAAUACCCAUAGAGGUCUGUAUAGGUAUAAUAGGCUGGUGUAUGGCUUAGCAUCCAGCGCCGGGAUUUUUCAACGAAUAAUGUGUAAUUUAUUAAAUAAUAUCCCUAACGUCGAAGUAUUUUUAGAUGACGUCAUAAUAGGGGGCCAAACUAAAAGGGAUCACUUGCAAGCUGUUGAAGCUGUAUUUAGUAGGUUGCAUAAAUAUGGACUAAAGUUGAAAAGUAAUAAAUGCGUAUUUUUAGUUAACGAAGUACGUUAUUUAGGUUAUAUUUUAAAUAGGGAUGGUAUAAGAACGGAUCCAGAAAAAAUUCAAGCCAUUACCAAAAUACCUCGACCAAGCUGUGUAACAGAGCUGCGUUCGUUUUUAGGUUUAGUAAAUUUUUACGCAAAGUUCGUUAAGAACAUGAGCACAAAGUUAGUUCCCUUAUACGAAUUACUUAAAAAAGGUUGUACAUGGAAUUGGUCACAGCAGUGUGAACAAGCGUUCACAGAGGUUAAACGACUUUUGGUUAGCGCGGAAGUUUUGAUGCACUAUGAUCCUAGUCUGCCGCUCAUAGUGACCUGCGACGCGAGCGCGCGGGGCGUGGGGGGCGUGCUCUCGCAGCCGAGUAGGUGCGGCGGCCGCGAGCGCCCGGUUGCCUAUGUAUCGCGCACGCUCAACGAUGCCGAGAGAAAUUAUUCUCAGAUACAUAGGGAAGCACUUGCUAUUAUAUUUUCUGUUAAUAAAUUCCACCAAUAUUUGUACGGUCGUCGUUUUACCCUACGCACCGACCAUAAGCCUUUGGUAUCGAUACUCGGACCACAUACAGGGAUACCUACCAUGGUAGCUAGUCGGAUGCAACGCUGGGCAAUAAUAUUAUCGGCUUAUUCGUACGAUAUCGAGUACGUGCGCACCGACGAGAACGGAGCGGACGGGCUGUCGCGGCUACCUGUGGCCGCCGGCGGUAAACAGAUGAGUCAUGCGUCUAGUAAUGCACCGGCGCCCGAGCAAACGUAUUUACAUUUUAUUCAACAGGAACUAUUGUUAGACUAUAAUGUUAUUAAAAGUAAAACGUCGCGUAAUCCGCUUCUCGCUAAAGUUUUGAGUUAUUUACGAGACGGAUGGCCGUCGGAUUGUGAGAUUAUGAGUAUGAAGCCGUAUUUUAAUCGUAAAGACGGGUUAUACGAAGAGUUAGGGUGCGUUAUGUGGGGUCAUAGGCUGGUAGUACCGGACGAGUGUAGGGAGAGGGUACUACGCAUGAUUCACGAACCCCAUAUGGGAAUAGUAAAAUCGAAAGCUUUAGCUCGCAGUUAUGUGUGGUGGCCGGGGGUGGACGAGGACGUGGAGCGGUUGUGUCGGGAGUGCGCGGUGUGUGCCUCGCAGGCGGACGCGCCGCCGCGCCAGACCCCGCGAAUGUGGCCCUGGCCAAACCGGCCCUGGUCUAGAGUUCACUUAGAUUUCCUAGGACCAAUUUUUGGCAAAACUUACCUGGUUUUAGUCGACGCCAUGUCUAAAUGGAUAGAAGUUUGUCAGGUUUCUAGCACAGCGGCAACUGGGACUAUAGGAAAGAUUAGCGAAUUAUUCAGUAGAUGGGGUUUACCUAAACAGAUAGUUACAGACAACGGACCGCCGUUUUUUAGCGCGGAAUUCGCUAAUUUUGUGAGUAGCCAGGGUAUUGAGCACAUAUUUUCGCCACCGUACCAUCCGGCUUCAAACGGUUUAGCGGAAAAUGCUGUAAAAUCGUUAAAAAGAGUUAUUAAAAAAGCUAGUGCGGAGAAACAAGACAUAGAUAAAGCCUUGUGUACGUUUUUGUUGCAUUAUAGGAAUACUGAGCACUCGACAACUGGGGAAAGCCCGGCUAUGUUGUUACUAGGCAGACGGUUACGUACAAAAUUAGAUGCACUGAAACCGAAUAGGGAGGGUAAAGUCAGGGAAGCGCAGCAACGUCAAAAGGUAGCGGCAAAAGGAAGUAAUAGGGAGCUUAGGCCAAAUGAAACCGUAUGGUAUAGGCAGUACUUAAAGUCACAGAAGUGGGCAUCGGGCCAGGUGGCCGAGUGCGUCGGGCCUAGUAACUAUAAGAUCAGGGAUAAGCAUGGGGAGGUCUUACAUAGGCAUAUCGAUCAACUGAGACGGAGGACGGGUGGACGUUCAUCGCUCGCUUGCCCUGAUACAGAAUUUAAUACCAGCCAAAACGAGUCUAGCACAAAUUCUGAACCACAGAUAGCCUUGCCGGAUGCGGGGGAUGCGGCCCAAUCGGAGGAGAUAAACGACGAAGCCGGGAAGGCUGAGACGCCCCUUAAAGGGUCGGUAGUCAGUGGGUUGAACAGGAGGGAUGCUCCUGCGUCUCCCGAGUUCCAGGACGCCUUGCCAACUGUGACUACACCACCUCCUAGUCGUCCUGUACGACAGUGUAGGUUAAGGAAAAUGUAAUUAAGUUUAAGGGAAAUUUUAUGUUACUUUUAUAUUUUAGAUUUAAGUUAGUUUAAAUGUAGCAAAGGGGUUUUGUACGUAAGGGUUGAUUGAUGUGGGGGAAUGUGAUGUAUGUAGGUUAGUUUAUAAUAAAUGGUGGGGGGUAGUCUAAGUAGCUUGGUUGUGAGAUGUCAUUUUAUAAACCAGUCCGGAAUAAAUGCUUGUUACGUA